AUGUCUGUUGAGGAGAGCUUGAAACCCCUUUUCAGUGCUAUCACUGAACUGAAGCCUAGCUUCAUUGAUCGUUUGUCUCAAGCUGUGAGCAUUCCUUCCGUUUCGAGUGACGAAAGUCUGAGACCAAAGGUGUUUGAGAUGGCUGAGUUUUUGAAGUCCCAGCUUAUUACAUUGGGUGCAGAAGACAUCCAAAUGAGAGACCUUGGAAUUCAACCCCCUCCUGUCGUUGAUCCCAAGCUGCAACUGCCACCAAUUGUUCUCGCAAGAUUCGGUCAGGACCCAGCAAAGAAAACCAUUUUGGUUUAUGGUCACUACGAUGUUCAACCCGCCUCUAUCGAGGAUGGUUGGGCGACUGAGCCUUUCACCCUUGUGCAGAAGGACGACAAGCUUAUUGGCAGAGGCUCCACUGAUGACAAGGGGCCUGUGAUUGGCUGGUUGAACUCCAUCGAGGCCCACAGAAAGGUUGGUCUCGAGCUUCCAGUUAAUUUGGUUUGCUGUUUCGAGGGUAUGGAGGAGAGUGGUUCCCUGGGACUGGAAGAAUUGGUUGCCCAGGAGUCUGACAAGUACUUCAAAGGUGUUGACGCUGUUUGCAUUUCCGACAACUACUGGUUGGGAACCAAAAAGCCUGUUCUGACCUAUGGACUCAGAGGAUGCAACUACUACCAGAUCACUGUGUCCGGAGCUAAUGCUGACUUGCACUCUGGUGUUUUUGGUGGAAUCAUCCACGAACCAAUGACAGACCUCUUUAAGGUGAUGAGCCAACUGGUGGAUGUCAAAGGAAACAUUUUGAUUCCUGGAGUGAACGAGAUGGUUGCGCCAGUCACCGCAGCCGAAGACAAGCUGUACGAUCCAAUUGAAUUUUCUGCUGAAGAACUGAGCCAAGCUGCUGGUGCCGAUACCGGUUACUUCGAUGAUAAGAAAGAUAUCCUUCAGCACAGAUGGAGAUUUCCUUCUUUAUCUCUUCAUGGUAUUGAGGGUGCAUUCAGCGGUGCUGGUGCCAAGACCGUCAUUCCAGCCAAGGUUGUUGGUAAGUUCUCCAUCAGAACCGUUCCAGACAUGGACAGCGACAAACUUGACCAAUUUGUGUUUGACUUCGUCAAGGCCAAGUUUGCUGAGCUAGGCACGAAGAACAAAUUGAACGUAGAGUUGAUUCACGGCGGUGCCUACUGGGUUAGCGAUCCUUUCAACGACAACUUCACUGCUGCGGCCAACGCCACCAAGCUGGUGUGGGGAGUCGAUCCCGACCUCACCAGAGAGGGUGGAUCUAUUCCAAUCACGUUGACAUUUGAGCAGGAGCUUAAGACUGGUGUCGUUCUCUUGCCUAUGGGUAGAGGUGACGAUGGAGCCCAUUCCAUCAACGAGAAGCUGGAUGUGCCCAACUACAUUGAGGGAGUAAAGACGCUGAGUGCGUAUUUGCAUUACUAUGCGGCUGGUGCCAAAUAA